AGGAGCCAUGGCUGCAACUGCUCAGUAUCUACCCAGGAAUAACACCUUGCCUUCCAACCCUCUGAUGCAUCCGGACUCCGAUAGGAUGCACCAGGGUACUACCUACAGAGAGGUGCAGAAGAUGAUGCACCAAGAGUACCUUCAAGGCUUGGCCAACAACGCUGGUCACCCAAUGAGCCUCACUCACCACCAGUGGUUGCCCAAUCCCACCAGCGACUGGGGCAGCGGAUCCCACCUAGGUGGGCAAACAGAGCAUGGCAAAGGAGGAGUACAGAGCAGCAGGGAGGACCUAAGCAGCAGCUUUCAUCACCACAGGUCUCACCUGGUCCACCAGCAGACACCCAGUAGCCAUGCUUGGGCACAAAGUGGCGGACACCACCUUUCUCCGAUGUCCCCAAGCUCCAACAGCCACCAGCCUCUCAUCUACUCCCAGUCAUCCUACACGAAUCUCAACGGCAUGCUGGGGCCACAGGCAUCCACUUUACACCACAGCAUGAGAGACCCUUUGCACGAAGACCCUGGGGUCCACGACACUCAUGUGGAGUCACCACCACAGCAUCUUAACCACCACCAAGAUCACUCAGAUGAAGACGCCCCCAGCUCCGACGACCUGGAACAGUUUGCCAAGCAGUUCAAACAGAGAAGGAUCAAGCUGGGCUUCACCCAGGCAGAUGUUGGCUUAGCCCUGGGCACCCUCUAUGGCAAUGUCUUCUCCCAGACCACAAUUUGCAGAUUUGAAGCUUUGCAGCUAAGCUUUAAGAACAUGUGCAAGCUGAAACCCCUCCUAAACAAGUGGCUGGAGGAGACAGACUCAACUACUGGAAGCCCCACCAACCUGGACAAGAUCGCUGCCCAGGGCAGGAAAAGAAAGAAGAGGACCUCAAUAGAAGUCGGGGUGAAGGGGGCCCUGGAGAACCAUUUCCUAAAAUGCCCUAAACCCUCAGCCCAUGAGAUCACAAGCCUGGCAGACAGUCUCCAGUUGGAAAAGGAGGUGGUGAGAGUUUGGUUUUGCAACAGAAGGCAGAAAGAGAAAAGGAUGACCCCAGCAGGGGUUCCACACCCCCCCAUGGAGGAUGUGUAUUCGCAAGCAGAGACCCCUCCACUCCAUCACACACUGCAGACCUCUGUACAAUGACUAAGAAAUAUAUGAGGGGACCUGAGGGGGUGGGGAUGAAGUAAGUACUUUUGGAUUUUACAAAAGAAAAAAUAGUUGCGGGACCCUUAGGAAAAGACUGGAGGACCUUUCACCAGAAGAUUAAAUUAAUACCAUACCACAAUAAAAAACCCCUUCCCAACUAUCUUUGGUACACAUCAACACAUCUAAUGUUCUUGUUCCUUCCUGAAGGUAAAAUGAGAAGGGGUGGGGGGUAAUUUAUUGAUCAGAAUAUCGGGGAUAAGGUCAAAUCAUAAGAACUGUGAAUAUUUUUUAUUAUUAUUAAUGUAAAUCCUCAUUCUCAAAAGACGUUGGCAGCUUUGAAUGGAAAUAUGUGUUAUUUAUUAAUUAGACUAUUAACCCCCGAACUUCAAUGAAAGUUGUGUCACAAACAAUGGUUAUUAUUAAACCCAUGUUAGAAAAAAAUAAAAUAAUUAUUUAUUUGGUUUCCACGGACAAAAUCCAACCCAUUACCUGUGUGUAUAAUACAAAAAAUUACACAUCCAAAGUUUAUUUUUCUCCCCUCUGCUUAAUUUGUUUUGUUUUUGUUUUUUCUAUUUUUUUUUCUACUAUUUCAUAUCUAAAAUAAGACUACUAAUGUCAUACUAAUGAAUUUAGAAAAACCUCUAUUUCCAACAAAAUUAACAUGUCCAAACAAGCACUGGAACUAUAUUGCUAAAUAUUAAUUAAUGAGGUACUUGAAUUAUUUAGUCUCCUUAUUAAUUACCAUAGUUUUAUUACUGUUUCUAAGGCCAAAAUGUCAAUACACUGUUUAAGGUUAAAUACUCUAGCUUGCUAUCUAACUCUAACUGCCCACUUAGAUGAUAAAUUUAUCAAUUAACUGCCUUGAUAUCUUUUAGUACAAUAUAACAAAACAACACAAAUCAGAUCUCCAAAGGUUUUCCAAUAUAUUGUGUAUUCUGUAAAAAGGGGAGAUAUACAGGAAAAGAUCAAAAAUACAUACAUAUUCCAUUAUAAAGCAAAUAAACUUUAAAAAAGAUUUUUACUUAAUGACGUUGUAAAUAUGUGUUAUAUGUAUACAUAUGUAUGUUUUUUGAAAGUUGUGUAUGUUUUGUUUAUUUUUUUUUUCAUUCUACACACUUUUGUACACUAACUAAUUUGAAGAGAAUAUUUUAAUAUUAUUUCCAGAAAACCUGACCCUUUCUAUUUAUUUUCUCGAUUUUUGUUUUUGGAGUUUGGCUCUGUAAAUUACUUUGCAAUAUAUUAUAUUUUUUUUUUUUUCGGUUUGGUGAAUUGUUUGUAACUUUUACAAAUGUAGAUUUGCAAUUUACUUUUUAUAUUUAUGUUAAAGUAAUAUUGUAUUACUUACAUAAAAAGGAACCCCUUUAAAAA